UAGGUAUGGCUGCACUUGUUAUGUAAAAAAAUUACUGAAAAUAUCGCGGGGAAAAAUGCCUUUUUUUCAACGAAAAAUCCUCCCAAAUAUCUUCAAGUUCUAAAUAUAAGUAGCAGAAAGGAUGAACUUAAGUUCUGCAGAGGAAAGAAAGAGGAAGAGGGUCAAACAGUGCAGCAUUGAGGAGAGUUUCAAGCGGCACAGAAUUCAAGAUAACUACGACCUUGGACGAGCCAAGUCAACUUCAAGGUUUUCUCCAGAAAUGGCAUCUGAGGUUCCUAAAUCAGAGGACAUAGACAGCGAGGCGGCUUUAAGACGAAAUGUUCUUGCACAAGCAGCAGAAAAAAGGCUUUUACAAAGCUUUUCAUCUGUCACAAGCCCUGUUCCUGUCUCGGAAGGAUCUGGUUCCGAUGUGGCUGUUGAAGCAGGUGGAAGCAGAGAUGCUUUAAGUGAAAGUGAAGGAGAUGUUGCUACAAUUGAGUUUGAUAGCUUCCCAGAGUCACCACCAUUGCCAGAAGAAUAUGAAUGCUGCUCUAAUGAAUCAGAAUCAAAAAUUGUAUCAGGGGGUGUUCCAUUGUGUAUGCUGAACAGGACCCCAGGCUGUUGUGCACCAAUGCCACCAUUAAUGCCACAACCAGAUCAUACAGUUUUAAUAAGGGUCUCUAAGAAUGGAGAUAUAGCACAACCACCGAAGCCAUCCUAUAGCACAUAUAGAGAUAAAUGGGAUAAGGAUCAUGUCAGAAUGCCUUGCUCGAUAGAGAACCUUUAUCCUAUCCAGAACUCAAGUAAGAAAGUCCAGAAUCGAUGGGAACUGAUAGAAUCAACUCUUCUCAGUCCAAUCAAAAGCUCAUAUGAUUUACAGGAUGCCAUCCUCAAAUACAAUGCAAGAUACUCAUCACGGUGGAACUUUGAAGCCUUGCAUAGCUAUUUUAAUGAGGUACUUGAUGGGAAUGAGAGAAAUGAAUUUUUCAACCAAACUCUACCAGCAAUGGUUCGCCUUACUCUACAGCUACCUGAAGUGUGCACGCAGGCUAUACCACUAAUGAAACAAGGCAAGAAUCACAGUAUAACAACGAGCCAACAUCAGGCUGCUUCUUUACUCGCGAAUGCCUUCUUUUGUACAUUUCCAAGAAGAAACUCCCACAAGCAUUCAGAAUACUCUUCAUUUCCUGAUAUCAAUUUCAACAGGCUAUUCCAAGGUGGUAAAGGUGGAACAAGUACAGUCAAAUCAGAAAAGUUAAAAGCAGUUCUACAUUACUUCAAGUCUGUGACACAGUCAAUGCCUACUGGAGCCAUAACAUUUCAAAGGCAAGCAAUCCCAAUAGAUGCUUUUCCAAGAUGGGAUAAAUGCACAUCUACAUUUACUAGACUACAUGUAUCAACGAGUGGAACUAUUGAAGAUGAUGGAACAGGCUUUUUACAGGUUGAUUUUGCAAAUAAAUACAUUGGUGGUGGAGUCAUUGGUGAGGGCUGUGUACAAGAAGAAAUUCGGUUCCUCAUUUGCCCAGAAAUGAUUUUAUCUCGACUGAUCUGUGAGAAGAUAGAUAGUAAUGAGUCAGUUAUUAUAACAGGUGCUCAGAGAUUUAGUAAUUACACUGGUUAUGCACACACUUUCAAGUGGGCAGGUAACCACAAUGAUCAGAUGCCAAGGGAUUCCUGGGGUCGUCGGCACUCUCAAGUGGUUGCCAUAGAUGCCCAAGUGUUUCAUAGCUACACCGAUCAGUUCAGAACGGGAUUCCUGAAAAGAGAACUUGACAAGGCCUUCGGUGGAUUUUUCUCAACCGAGGAUAGCAAGUAUUUACCAGCCAUCGCUACAGGGAACUGGGGCUGUGGUGCUUUUGGAGGUGAUUCGAGACUCAAAGCAAUUAUUCAAAUGAUGUCCGCUGCUGCUGCACAGAGAGACAUUGUGUACUUUACAUUUGGUGACUCAGAACUUGCUGAGGAUCUUUUAAAUAUCCAGUCUUUCAUCAAAGAAAAGGGAAUUACUAUAGGUGACAUGUGGAUGAUUCUCUGCAAAUAUGGCAAAGAAAUAAAUGCAGCAUCUUCAGUCAAAAUUAAACUGUAUGACUACAUAUACCGGUUAUAUCAAUGCUAUGAGAGUGAUACAGACCCUGAGUCUGAAGAACCUAUACCUCUAUCAACUAGUUCCUCAGAUGUUUCUAACAAUAACCCCAUUGAGGGAAGUGAAUGCAAUGAUCCUACUAUGUGAAGAUAUGAAUGAUGUUGAAUGACUCACAUUUUGAAGAUAAUUUAACCAUGAUGGGGAGGAUGGUGGUAGCCAUCGGCACAGAUUAAGACUAUGGUAAUAAUUGAUGAUGGUGGAGAUAAUGGCUCACAUGAUGUAGUCAUUCUUCUGCCUGUUGCUGUUGACAAGACAUUGACAUGUCAUUUCUGACACUAUGAUGAUGAUGGUGAUGAUGAUAAUGGUGUAACCAACAACUAUACUGCUUCCAGCACCACUCCUGUUGAUGUUGCUGAUGUUGUCAAUAAUGAUGAUGACAAUAAUGAUGGUGGCAAUGACGAUGAGGUUAAUGGUGCUUCUUUCACUACUGCUGCUGCUGCUGCUGAUGAUGAUGAUGGCAAUGAAGAUGGUGAUGAUCAUGAAAUGAAUAUGAAGACACUGAAUAAUAGUGAUGACAUAUGCCUGCUCCUAGCAUCAUGAUAGUCUUUCCUCUACCACCAAAUCAAGAUACAUGCAACCUUCCUAUUGUAACUGUCAUAUUGCGAUAAUAGCAUGGUAUUGGUUGGUUAUUGGAAUGAUUCUACUGAGAGCUGCACACUGAAAUUUGGUUUUUCACUGUAAUUCAAAAGUAAUCAGUCAGUACCUUUCAUAUUUUUGACUGGCGGCAUCGAAAAACCAAAUUUUAGUGUGCAGCUUUUAUGAAAAUAGCAGUAAUGCCAGUGAUGCUCAAACUAUGAAGUUUCUUCUAGUGACAAACAACAUACUGGCAAUUGAAACACUUGACCAUUGAAACAUUGAACAACUCACAAAAAAUAUUUAACAACCCUUGUAUAAAGGGAGACAAAGGUUUUGUAAUUAUUUUGCAAGAUGACUUGGUUUAUAAAUAUUAAAGGUUCUAAAAUGUGAAA